AUGGAGACAAUCGAUGAAGACAUGCCUGCUCUGGAUAGACUCGGUGUACGCGCCAAAAUGAAUAUCAUGGAAGAUCCUUUUAAUGAUGAUAUCAACCACAUACGAAGUGGCGAGAUCAGUACAUUUAUCAAUGAUAAACGAAGACAUUCAGAUAGUGAUAUCUUAGAUCAGCCUUCUCCAUAUAAUAGAUAUCAUAAGCGUCGACAACAAGCACAUGGCAACAAACGAAGCAGCAAUCCAGAGAUUAAAAAGUCAGAUCGGCCUCGAAAUGCUAGAAGAAAAAGUUAUGGUGGAUUGGAGUUAGGCCCGGAUUUUGAUACUUUCAGUGAGGCCAGCGAUGUCCACUCGCAAAAGAGCUCUAAAAGUAGAUUGAGUGUAUGUAGCGACAAUUCCUUAUCCAGUGCCUCCAAACUUGCAGCCAGACGACGCAGCGAGGCAGACGGAUUGUCAGUAGGCAAAUUUUCAAAGGCAUCGUUACAAGCGUCACUAGUCAAACAUGAAGCUAAAGACAAGCAAGGGUCAGUAAAUGGGGCAAUGAACAGAACAGACAAUAUUUCUAACAUCAUGAAUUCUACGAGAGAACAGUCGAAGAGAAAUCUUUCAAUGCUAUCAGCUGGCAGUGAAGAACCUUCUCCUUUCAGUACGUUGGAAAUCCCAAUAGAGUUUCUGGAUAUUUCAACUUCGCGAGUGAGAAAAAUGGUAUCUCCCGUAGUUAUAUCGCUUAUUACCAUUACGCUGCUGGCUUGCUUGUCAGUAGCUGUCUACUUUGCUGUUGUUCUUAAAGAUUCUCAAGAAAAACAAAUAGAAUUCCUACAAGUUACUCUGGGGUUCGUACUGGCUGGUGAACAACAAGAAGAGAACAUCAACAGAAUGACGUCAUCAGAGCUGACUGAGCUCAAGCUGGCCUACUGUCAACAGGUUGAUGCCAUCUACAAGACUAGCACACUCACUACCAAAUAUAGGGGCUGUGAGGUCGAGACUCUGAC